GAACGAUUUGACGCUGACUGGACAUUCCUGCUGCUGUUGCAGAUCGACGACAUAAUGAUCCCGCUGCUGGAGGGCAGCCUGGACGACACGGCCGACCAGGAGUCCGAGCCCUCCUCCGCCUCCACCACGCAGCAGUACAACCGCGACUCCAGGAUCCGCGUGAACUACCGCUCGCUGCCGGAGAGCCUGAAGGACCUGGAGGAGCCGGACGAGAUCAAGCGCAAGGCCGACAAGCUGCAGAAGGCCAUCAACGCGCUGCAGAACACCGUCGACAAGAUACAGGCGCCCAACAUGAGGGCAAUGCAGAAGCUCAACGAGGUGCGCGAGAAAGUCAGCGCCACCAACGAGGCCUUCGUCGUGGCGCGGAAGCGCGCGCACAAGGCCAAGCUCGCCUUCGAGAAGGUGAAAAAGGAGCGACACGACAAAUUCAUAGAUUGCUUCGAGCACGUGGCCAACGAGAUAGAUGCUAUCUACAAGGCGCUGGCCAUGAACCAGUCGGCGCAGGCGUUCCUGGGCCCCGAGAACCCGGAGGAGCCGUACCUGGACGGCAUCAACUACAACUGCGUGGCGCCCGGCAAGCGCUUCCAGCCCAUGUCCAACCUCUCCGGCGGAGAGAAGACCGUCGCCGCGCUUGCGUUGCUCUUCGCCAUACACAGGUAA